GGAGAUAGGAACAUCUAUUUACGAGUGACAGAGUAGCAAGACACGUUUAUGCAAACCUAUUUAUAUUCCCCUCUUUAUUCCCUUUUCUGUUCCCAAUCUGCACUCACUUCACCUUCAUCUCCAAACCCUAAAACCUUCUAUUUCUCAAUCUCCAAAUCAGGCUUUCCAUAUGGCUACUUCCACCACCAGCACCGUCUAUAUCAACGUCAUCGAAGACGUCGUCAACAAAGUCCGCGAAGAAUUCAUCAACAAUGGCGGUCCCGGCGAAGGCGUUCUCAACGAACUUCAAGGAUUGUGGGAGUUGAAGAUGAUGCAAGCUGGUGCUAUAGUUGGUCCGAUCGAUAGAUCUGCUGUUGUGAAAUCGAUGGCGCCUGGUGCUGUUUCGAACACUGUUCAUGAUCUGAACGUGCCGUACGAAGGUCCGGACGAGUACGAGACUCCUACGGCUGAUUUGCUUUUUCCUCCAACGCCGUUGCAGACUCCAAUGCAAACACCCUUGCCUGGUCAAACACCAUUACCGGGAACAGCUCCAACGCCAUUACCAGGGACCAUGGAGAAUUCAUACAAUAUACCCACUGGAGGCACUCCCAUCACCCCAAGUGAUUAUUCUUCUAUAAAUGAGAAUGGAGCUUCUGGAAGACCUAGCGCGUACAUGCAAGCACCAUCUCCUUGGAUGAACCAAAGGCCCCCUCUAGACGUGAAUGUUGCUUACGUGGAGGGCCGUGAAGACGUGGACAGAGGAGCAGCCAAUCAACCACAAACUCAGGAUUUCUUUCAUUUAUCCGCUGGAAAACGUAAGCGGGAUGAGUUGCCUCCUCAAUAUCGUCCAGGUGGAUAUAUCCCUCAGCAAGAUGGAGCUGCGGAUGUGAUAACUGAUAAACUUGAGGUUGGUCAAGGAAGCAAUCCUCAACCUGGUCAUGGACUUAAGUUGACUUCUAUGAUUCCUCAACUAGAUGGGCCUAUUCCCGAUCUCUAUGAUGAUGCACUUUCUACACCGAAUAUUUACAACUAUCAAGGAGUAGUAAAUGAAGACUACAAUGUAGCAAACACACCUGCUCCACCAGAGCUACAAGCACCGACUCCUGCUUUGAUCAAUCAAAAUGACGCUUUAGAUGAUGAUGAAGACGAGCCUUUGAAUGAAAAUGACGAUGAUGAUGAUCUUGAUGACGUGGACCAAGGCGAGGAACUAAAUACUCAGCAUUUGGUUCUUGCUCAGUUCGACAAGGUGACCAGAGCCAAGAGCAGGUGGAGGUGCACUCUCAAGGAUGGCAUCAUGCAUAUAAACAACAAAGAUGUUUUGUUCAAUAAGGCAACGGGAGAAUUCGACUUCUGAUUAUGCGCAUUAUAAUUUGAAUCUUGCAACUGAGGGUGGGCCGGGCUAAAAAAACAAGUAGAGAAGUGAAGGUCUCUUUUUAAGUGAAAAAACGAAGUCGGUUGAGGUAAUUGAUGUUUAUGAGAUGGAAGGGUUGGUUGCCUGAUGUAUAUAAAGUUGGAGAGCUUUUGGUUUGGUCCUAGUAUUAUUAAUGGGCUUUACGUUUUUAGUCCCUUGAAAAAAACCACUCGUCUUUCAUGGGACAAGUAAUUACGGUUGUACCCUUUGGAUUUUGCCAACUUUUAUAUUAAACUGCAUUGUUUAUUUCA